GGUCACUUUCUCCUCUCUCCCCAGAGUUAAUCGAGUACUUCAAGUCUCAGAUGAAAGAAGAUCCCGACAUGGCCUCGGCCGUGGCUGCCAUUCGGACCCUGCUGGAGUUCUUGAAGCGCGACACCGGGGAGACGAUCCAGGGCCUGAGAGCGAAUCUCACCAGAGCCAUCGAAACCCUGUGCUGCGUGGACUCCUCCGUGGCCGUGUCCUCAGGCGGGGAGCUCUUCCUGCGCUUCAUCAGCCUGGCGUCCCUGGAAUACUCGGAUUACUCCAAGUGUAAAAAGAUCAUGAUUGAGCGGGGAGAGCUUUUUCUCAGGAGAAUAUCACUGUCGAGAAGUAAAAUUGCAGAUCUGUGCCACACGUUCAUCAAAGACGGGGCGAGGAUCCUGACCCACGCCUACUCCAGAGUGGUCCUGAGGGUCCUGGAAGCGGCUGUGGCGGCCAAGAAGCGCUUCAGUGUGUACAUCACCGAGUCGCAGCCGGACUUGUCCGGUAAGAAAAUGGCCAAAGCCCUGUGCCACCUCAACGUCCCCGUCACCGUGGUCCUGGACGCCGCUGUUGGCUACAUCAUGGAGAAGGUGGACCUGGUCAUAGUGGGUGCAGAGGGAGUUGUUGAAAACGGAGGCGUUAUCAACAAGAUCGGAACCAACCAGAUGGCCGUGUGUGCCAAAGCACAGAACAAGCCCUUCUACGUGGUGGCGGAGAGUUUCAAGUUCGUCCGGCUCUUCCCACUAAACCAGCAAGACGUCCCAGACAAGUUUAAGUACAAGGCGGACACGCUGAGGUCUGUGCAGACUGGACAGGAUCUCAGAGAGGAGCACCCGUGGGUCGACUACACGCCCCCCUCCUUGAUCACACUGCUGUUUACAGACCUGGGGGUGCUGACGCCCUCCGCCGUCAGCGACGAGCUCAUCAAGCUGUACCUGUAGGUCUUCCUGUACCUACAAGCUGUACCUACAGGUGCCUUCCUGCCUCGAGGUGACACAGCUGCAGCGGGGGAGGAGCCUCUGGACCGCACGUGAGCCAGGCCAAAGGGAACUGUUUUCAUGAAGAUUUAUGGACUAAGGACUUAAAAUCAUAAUUUUGGUGGAGUUUUUAUUCUUUCCAGUCCUGUUUAAACAUGUUCCCGGUUCCUGUGAAACUCAACCUAAAUUAUACUGAUGGUUCCCAGACACUGUCACUUCUGUUUCUAGAAAUACACGUUAGACUAUUGACUACUUAACCCUCCACACCCCUCCCCUCGCCCUCUGCCUGCAGUGAUUGGCCUCGGCCGUUAAGAGGAUGCAGGCCGCUGACAGAGCAGGCGUUCCUCACUGCGCAGGCCCCGAAGCCCGCGGUGCCUCAAGGGGCAGAAACACCCGCUCAGGUAGCAUCGCUUCCCCUGGUGAACACGAGCCAGCGCAGCCUGGACAGCAUGGAGCCAACGGAGCAGCUCACCGCCGAUGCCGCCGUCCAGAAUGCUCAGAAACGAAAACUGUGUCUGUGAAAGAUGUGGAGCUUAAAGGUUUUGGACCUGAACGUUUAGAAAUUGUACUUGGGAAUACGCUCAACAUCUGUUCAAAUAAGUAACACGAAACACUGA